GCAACGACCCAGCCAUUACAGCCAUUUCGAUCCAUUUCGACUGACCUCUUGAAACUUGGGCGUUUGCUGAAGACACUCGAAAUUAUCACAGGAGAUUGUCCUUAUGAAAACGAAAGAGAAGAAACGCAGCAAGUCAGAGGACCGGCGCAUGAAUGCAGACCCCAAAAUCGAAGUGAAGCUGCUCCGUUCGCAGAGUGGCCAAGUGAUUUUCUUGGAAACCGGAAGGGACUUUGUUGAACUGCUGUUUGCCAUCAUGAAUGCACCUCUGUCACGUCUUAUUUCCAACUCCAGUAGCAAAGGUGUGCAGAAUGAUCUUCAUCCAUUCCUGGACUUGAAGGAAUCCUUGCAGAACUUGGGACCUCAAUCUUUUACGUCUGGAAAAGAUGGUGCUGCGUUCAUACCAAAGACCUGCACCACAAAGGAGUUGAGGGACUGGGCCAAAGAAAAGGCGAAAGCUUCAUCAAAUCCCAAGGAGCACCAGAUUGUGCCUUACUAUGGCCGAGUUCAGUCACAGAAGGACCAUUCUCUUGGGCCAUUGGGGCCAUUCAUCUUGAAGGACAACUGCAAAUUCAUGGUGACCGACUCCUUGAAGGUUUUGGAGCCUCCCACAAUUACAGCCCUUGACCUGAUGAAGGAUCAUGUCGAGGAUUUCCGCAGCAUCAAGACCUCAGCUCAGGCUGUGACUCCCAAAAUUCUGCGGAAGCUGGUCCUGCGCAGCAUGCUGGGAUCCAAAACAGUGCUCACGGGCAUCUUCUCGGAUGGCGUGGAGUCUGACGAUGAUUGGUGGACGGUUGAUCCACCAGACAAGAGGCCGAGAACCAGGGAAAGCUAAAUGAUGCUGCUUCAAAAAUGCUCCAAAUUAGACCCAACAUGGACGAAUAUGGCCCAAUUUGAUACAAUUUCUGGGUCGCCUCGUGGUCCAUUUCAGAUCGCCGCAGUUCAUCCGAUUUCAAGAUUUAGUGCUGGAAUCGCACAGAGCUGCAUGCAACAAACAUGCAGGAAUCCCAGAAGAUUUGACACUGGUAUGUUUCCACAUAACCAGCCGCUACAGAUUACAUGCACCCCACAAUUGAACAUGGAACCUGAAAUUUGGGUUGCUGCCUGAUGAUUCCAUAAGAAUUUUACUUAUAAUUAAGAUUACUUAACUUGCUUUUUCACUUUUCUGGUUCCCGCUUGAUUUCAGGGGUCAAACUCAAACCCUUUUAUAGAGAGCCAGGACAACAACAGGUCCUGGUUCAAUGCAUGUGUCAAUCGUCUUCAGCAACUGCCUCCACAGAGCGUUGCAGACACAUGCCGAUGAGAAAAAUGUCGCACAAACCAUUGCAAUUAUGCUGGUUGGGC